UUUGUUGCGGCUUUCGAAAGCAUACCAAAGAAUGUCGGACAACACUACUCUUUGGACAGUGAUUGGUCUCCCUUUAGGGUUGCUGUCACUGAUUGGCUAUUUGUACAGGAGGAGAAAAAAAGUAGAUGUGAAGAACAAAGUUGUUUUAAUAACUGGGGCCUCAUCUGGAUUAGGAGAAGCUUGUGCUGAGGUAUUUUUCAACGCUGGCUGUAAACUAAUUCUGUCUGGCCGAAAUCUUGAAAAGUUGACAGAGGUUAAGGAGAGACUUAUAAAAAAUAAGAAAGCCAAUGCAAACACUCCAGCACUUGUGGUCCUAGAUCUGGAAAACUUUCCCAGCAUCCCUAGUAAAGUAGAUGAGGCAGUUUCUGCCUUUGGUCACAUUGAUAUCCUCAUUAAUAAUGCUGGUAUGAGCUACAGAGGUCAAGUAAUAGACACCAAAUUGGAUGUUGAUAUGAAACUCAUGGCUGUAAAUUUCUUUGGUCAUAUUGAAAUUACUAAAGCUGUUGCACAUCAGAUGAUAAAACAAGGUGAAGGUCAAAUACUGACAGUGAGCAGUUUGCAAGGAAGAUUAGCUAUUCCCCAUAGAUCUGCCUAUACAGCAUCCAAACAUGCAAUCCAAGCCUAUUUUGACAGCUUAAGAGCAGAGUUGUCAGGUUAUAAUAUCAACGUUUGUGUUGUUAGCCCACAUUAUAUCAGCACCAACCUUUCCCUAAAUGCUGUUACAAGCGAUGGAUCAGUAUAUGGCAAAAUGGACAAAACCACCCAGUCAGGAUUAAAACCAGAAUACGUGGCCAACCAAAUCCUGUACUGUAUAACCCACAAACAAUCAGAGCUGACUUUGGCACCUCUUUAUGUUCGCUUGGUUAUUGGGUUACGAGUUCUGGCACCAUGGUUGUACUUUAAAAUUAUGGAACACAGAGCAAAGAAAGAACAAUCUUUAAGUAACAAAAAAGACUAAAUUGCACUGUGGACUAGUCUAGAGGAUCACACAUGACUGAGAAGUGAAACUUUGACGACAGAACUAUAAGUUUCUGAGCAGCAGCUUUUCAAUUAGAAAUAUGUUUGUAAAAUAUCUUGUAUUUUUGUGUGCUCACUAGAUAGUGUUUGCUGUACCAUAUUUUAAUAUCUUUAUACAGUGUCAAAUUGCAUUAAAAUGUACAUUGUU